UUACUUUACAGGGUUCUGAUAUUUCCGCCACACUUACGCACAAAUCCCGCUCGUAGAUCUCCUUCACAAUUUCCGCCGCCGUGCGGCUUCACCAACGUCGGAGUGUUCCUCCCUUCGUUAUCGCUGCUCUUCCGUUUAAAGGUGUGGUUAGGAUAUGAUCUAUGGCACUUGCAUCACAACAUUGAAGUCACUGAGCUCCAAAGCACUAGUUUUGCAUUCUUCGUUGAAUUUUCAAGUGAAGUUAUCCUAUAGGUGUUCUCCUAGGCAGAUUAGAAUGGAAGCUAAUCUUAGUUGUAGCACAGAAGGCAACAACAAGGAGGCUAGAGGUGCGUUGGUUGUCCUGGAAGGCUUGGAUCGUUCUGGGAAGUCUUCUCAGUGUAGCAGACUAGUGUCCUACUUGGAGAGACAAGGGCUCUCUGCUGAGCUAUGGAGAUUUCCUGAUAGAACUACGGAUGUUGGCCAAAUGAUAUCUGCUUAUCUUACAAAUGCAUCGCAGUUGGAUGAUCAUACUAUUCAUCUUCUCUUCAGUGCUAAUCGUUGGGAAAAGAGGUCAUUGAUGGAAACAAAAUUGAAAAGUGGUAUAACCCUCAUUGUUGAUCGUUAUUCUUAUUCUGGAGUGGCUUUCUCAUCUGCUAAGGGACUAGAUAUUGAAUGGUGUAAGGCCCCGGAAAUUGGAUUGCUGGCUCCAGAUCUGGUAGCAUACCUUGACAUAUCACCAGAUAAAGCUGCAGAAAGAGGAGGGUAUGGUGAUGAGAGAUAUGAAAAGCUGGAGUUUCAGAAGAAAGUUGCUGAACAUUACAAAGUUCUUCAUGAUGCCUCCUGGAAGGUUGUAGACGCUUGCCAACCCAUAGAAGAUGUGGAGAAACAGUUGCAAGAGAUCGUACUUGCUUGUGUCACAAAAUGUCAAAAGGGAAAGUCCCUCUCCUCGUUGUGGUCGACAUAGACAUUCACUCUUGAAAGAGAUGUCAUGUAUGAACAAAUAUGCCUUAUGAAUUAUGUACACUAAACCCCAUCAUAAUUUAAAAUUUGUUUGCCAA